GUUAUGGCGUUCAUCAACUUGUAUUGGGAUGCUAGAUACAGCGAAUAGGAUCAUUGCUCUACCGGCAACAAAAAAAUCUUUACGAUUCAUGACUUUAGGAUUCCCACUUGCGUUCAAUCUGAAUUUUCACGUUUGUUUCACUGGAUACGGGUAGCCCCCUUCCCUUCCACAUCUAUUCCAGCUCCCUGUGGCUUGCUGGCUGUUGGCUCGAGCAUGCCGCGGCCGAACCCCAAUAUUCUCUCUGUGACCUUUGCAACACUCUGGCUCUUACCGUUCCUUCCCGCCUUCGGGCCUGGGUUGAACAAUACCUCGUGGUAUAGGCUUAUUUUGCGCAAAGAAGAUCAACGACCCUCUACUCACCGCGGUGUUCUUUGGAGAAGUUCUACUUUUUCUGUGGACACGGUGGUCCAUUUUUUCGGUCUACAUCCUUCGUAAAAGUACUCGGUCUCGUCGAUCCAGUGGAUAUAUCGUAGUUUCAUAUCAAAACCUAAUAUCAUAUCAAUAUUUUUGUCCAUCUAUUAUUUUACGUUUCUAUUCGUCACUUCGCUCGUAUCAGCCUCGAAAUGCUCCUGCUCUCGUCAGCACGGUCUCACCCGUCACUUGUGAGUGUGGCUCAGAUUAUCGCAGGCUGCAUUUCUUCUGCAUUAGUGUCGU